GGGGAAUGACGUCACCCUGAGGAGAGCAAAAAUCAGCCAUCGGUGCGAAACGACAGCAGCUCAUCCUCCACCGUCGAUCUACCCCGACAACCUAAUUGUUCCAAUCUACUUUCACAUAUACCAAGAAAAUGGACGCAUCAGGAAAAGUUCUGGAGACAGCUGAGGAUAUCCAGGAGCGCCGGCAGCAGGUUCUUGACCGCUACCGCCGCUUCAAGGAGCUGUCACUUGUGCGUCGGCAGAAGCUUGAGGACUCCUACCGCUUCCAGUUUUUCCGCCGUGAUGCUGAUGAGUUGGAGAAAUGGAUUCAGGAAAAGCUGCAAAUUGCCUCUGAUGAAAACUACAAGGAUCCCUCUAACUUGCAGGGUAAGCUGCAGAAACAUCAGGCCUUUGAAGCUGAAGUUCAGGCAAAUGCUGGGGCCAUUAUCAAACUGGAUGACACUGGAAACCUCAUGAUCACUGAGGGUCACUUUUCCUCUGAGACUAUUCGAACGCGUCUUGAAGAACUCCAUCGCCUUUGGGACCUUCUUUUGCAAAAAACUAAGGAGAAGGGAAUGCGCCUUCUGCAAGCCCAGAAACUAGUCCAGUAUUUACGUGAAUGUGAGGAUGCCCUUGACUGGAUCAGUGAUAAGGAGACCAUUGUCACCUCUGAAGAGCUGGGUCAGGACCUGGAGCAUGUGGAGCUUCUGCAGAAGAAGUUUGAGGAGUUUCAGAGUGACCUGGCAGCUCACGAGGAGCGAGUUAAUGAAGUCAAUCAACUGGCGGCAAAACUGAUCCAGGAGUCCCACCCAGAGGCUGAACUCAUAGUUCGCAAACAGGAGGAGGUCAAUGCUGCCUGGCAACGCCUCAAAGGCCUGGCUCAGCAGAGGCAGGGCAAGCUGUUUGGAGCGGCUGAAGUGCAGCGAUUCAACAGAGAUGUAGAUGAGACCAUCAGUUGGAUCAAAGAAAAAGAGCAGCUUAUGGCCUCUGAUGAUUUUGGGCGUGAUCUGGCGAGUGUGCAGGCUCUCCUCCGCAAGCAUGAAGGACUGGAGCGAGAUUUAGCUGCGCUGGAAGACAAGGUCAAUACACUUGGUGGUGAUGCAGAGCGUCUUCAGCAGACACAUCCCCAAAAUGCCUCCCAGAUUCACUUGAAGAAGGACGAACUUGUCACCAACUGGGAGCAGAUCCGCACUCUGGCUGCUGAGCGCCAUGCUCGCCUGAAUGACUCCUACAGGCUCCAGCGCUUCACUGCAGACUUUCGGGAUCUCACCAGCUGGGUGACAGAGAUGAAGGCCCUGAUCAAUGCUGAUGAACUUGCUAAUGAUGUGGCUGGGGCUGAGGCUUUGUUGGAUCGCCACCAGGAGCAUAAGGGAGAGAUCGACGCCCAUGAGGAUAGCUUUAGAACAACUGAUGAAGCUGGCAAAUCUUUGCUCAAUUCGGGGCACUAUGCAUCUGAUGAGGUUAAAGAAAAGUUGACGAUCCUGACUGAGGAGAAGGACUCUCUACUGGAGCUGUGGGAGCUUCGUCGGCAGCAGUAUGAGCAGUGCAUGGACCUGCAGCUAUUCUACAGAGACACGGAGCAGGUUGACAACUGGAUGAGCAAACAGGAGGCUUUUCUUCUAAAUGAAGACCUUGGAGAUUCUCUGGACAGUGUUGAAGCACUUCUAAAGAAACACGAGGACUUUGAGAAGUCACUGAGUGCCCAGGAAGAGAAGAUUACUGCCCUGGAUGAAUUUGCCACCAAACUAAUCCAAAACAAUCACUAUGCCAAAGAUGACGUGGCUACUCGUAGAGAUGCUCUGCUUAGCCGCCGCAAUGCACUCCAUGCCCGUGCUCAGUCCCGACGGGCUGCCCUGGAAGACUCUUUCCACCUGCAACAGUUCUUCAGAGACUCUGAUGAGCUCAAAAGCUGGAUCAAUGAGAAGAUGAAAACCGCAACUGAUGAGGCCUACAAGGAUCCAUCCAACCUGCAGGGCAAAGUUCAGAAACACCAGGCCUUUGAGGCUGAACUCUCGGCGAACCAGAGCCGCAUCGAUGCACUGCAGAAAUCCGGCCAGGAGCUGCUGGACGGAAAACACUAUGCCUCUACAGAGGUGGCUGGACGCAUGGAGGAGGUCAGCUCCCAAUGGAAGAAACUGCUCGAGGCUACGGAGCUCAAAGGCAUCAAGUUACGCGAGGCCAAUCAGCAGCAGCAAUUUAACAGAAACGUUGAGGACAUUGAGUUGUGGCUAUACGAGGUGGAGGGUCACCUAGCCUCCGAUGACUAUGGGAAAGACCUGACCAGUGUUCAAAACCUGCAGAAGAAGCAUGCUCUUUUGGAGGCUGAUGUGGCUGCCCAUCAGGACCGCAUCGAUGGCAUAACCAUUCAGGCCCGCCAGUUUCAGGAAGCUGGACACUUUGACGCAGAAAAUAUUCGCAAGAAACAGGAGGCUUUGGUUGUCCGCUAUGAGGCCCUGCGUGAGCCUAUGGCUGCCCGUAAACAGAAGCUCUCUGACUCACUCCGUCUUCAGCAGCUCUUCAGAGACGUGGAGGAUGAGGAGACUUGGAUCCGAGAGAAAGAGCCCAUUGCUGCCUCUACUAAUCGAGGUAAAGAUCUGAUUGGUGUUCAGAAUCUACUCAAGAAGCACCAGGCUCUACAAGCUGAGAUCACUGGCCAUGAACCUCGCAUUAAGGCUGUCAGCCAGAAAGGAGAGGCUAUGGUGGAGGAAGGCCACUUUGCUGGUGAGGAGGUGAAAGCCAAGUUGGCCGAGCUUCAUGGGCGAUGGGAUACUCUCAAAGCUAAGGCUUCUCAGCGCAGACAGGAUCUGGAGGACUCCCUGCAGGCUCAGCAGUACUUUGCCGAUGCCAACGAGGCAGAGUCCUGGAUGAGGGAGAAGGAGCCGAUUGUGGGGAGCACAGACUAUGGCAAAGACGAAGACUCUGCAGAGGCUCUUUUGAAGAAGCAUGAAGCUUUGAUGUCCGACUUGAGUGCCUAUGGCAGCAGCAUCCAGGCCCUAAAGGAACAGGCCCAGUCUUGCAGGCAACAAGUGGCUCCAACUGAUGAUGAGACAGGCAAAGAGUUGGUUCUUGCUCUGUACGACUACCAAGAGAAGAGUCCACGUGAAGUGACCAUGAAGAAGGGAGAUAUCCUUACCCUGCUCAAUAGCACCAACAAGGACUGGUGGAAGGUAGAGGUUAACGACCGCCAGGGCUUUGUUCCUGCUGCUUACGUGAAAAAGUUGGACCCAACGCAGUCAUCCUCCCGGGAAAACCUGCUGGACGAACAUGGUAGCAUUGCUCUUCGCCAGGAGCAGAUUGAGAAUCAGUAUGGCACCUUACAAGAACUGGGAGAAAAGCGCAAAGAUAUGUUGGAAAAGAGCUGCAAGAAGUUCAUGUUGUUCAGAGAGGCCAAUGAGCUGCAGCAGUGGAUCAACGAGAAGGAGAGCGCUCUGACCAGUGAGGAGGUGGGCUCUGACCUUGAGCAGGUGGAGGUCCUUCAGAAGAAAUUUGAUGACUUCCAGAAGGAUCUGAAGGCUAAUGAGUCCCGUCUCAGAGACAUCAACAAAGUGGCCUCUGAGCUAGAGUCUGAAGGGCUCAUGGCUGAAGAGGCCCCAAUGGUUCAAGCUCAGCAACAAGAGGUUCUCGGUUCAGCUCCUGGAAAGGAUGAAACUGAUUCCAAGACUGCUUCACCAUGGAAGAAUAUACGCUUAGCUGUUCAAACAACGGCCAACUUUAACACUAUCAAGGAGCUGAAUAACCGGUGGAGGUCCCUGCAGCAGCUGGCUGAGGAGAGGAGCAACAUGCUAGGAAGUGCUCAUGAGGUGCAGCGCUUCCACAGAGAUGCUGAUGAAACCAAAGAAUGGAUUGAAGAGAAGAACCAAGCACUCAACACUGACAACUAUGGACAUGACUUGGCCAGUGUUCAGGCUCUUCAGCGUAAACAUGAAGGCUUUGAGAGAGAUCUGGCAGCUCUUGGUGACAAAGUGAACUCACUUGGGGAAACAGCUGAGCGUCUGAUCCAGUCCCAUCCAGAGGCAGUGGACGACAUUCAGGAGAAAUGCACAGAGCUGAACACGGCCUGGAGCAGUCUGGUGGGACGUGCAGACCAGCGUAAAGACAAGCUCGGCAACUCCCAUGACUUGCAGCGCUUCCUGUCCGAUUUCAGGGAUCUGAUGUCCUGGAUAAAUGGCAUCCGAGGCCUGGUAUCCUCAGAGGAGCUUGCAAAAGAUGUGACUGGAGCUGAGGCCCUUCUAGAAAGGCACCAGGAGCACCGCACCGAGAUCGACGCGCGGGCUGGAACCUUUCAGGCGUUUGAACAGUUUGGCCAGCAGCUACUGACACGAGGCCAUUAUGCUAGUCCUGAAAUUCAGCAGAAACUUGAAGCUCUUGAUCGCGAGCGUGCUGACCUGGAGAAGGCGUGGGUUCAGCGCCGCAUGAUGCUGGACCAGUGCUUAGAGCUGCAGCUGUUCAACAGGGACUGUGAGCAGGCGGAGAAUUGGAUGGCAGCUCGUGAAGCCUUCCUGGCCAGUGAUGACAAGGGAGACUCCUUGGACAGUGUUGAAGCUCUGAUCAAGAAGCAUGAAGACUUUGACAAGGCCAUCAAUGUGCAGGAAGAGAAGAUUGCAGCUUUGCAGUCUUUUGCUGACCAGUUAAUUGGUGCUGAUCAUUAUGCUAAACCAGAAAUAUUUGCCCGCCGAAAUGAAGUGCUGGACAGGUGGCGUCGUCUGAAGGCACAGAUGAUUGAGAAGCGCUCUAAGCUCGGUGAGUCACAGACACUGCAGCAGUUCAGCAGAGAUGUGGACGAGAUCGAGGCCUGGAUCAGUGAGAAGCUCCAAACUGCAACAGAUGAAUCGUACAAAGAUCCAACGAACAUCCAGAGUAAGCAUCAGAAACAUCAAGCCUUUGAGGCUGAGCUGCACGCCAACGCUGACCGUAUCUGUGGGGUCAUAGAUACAGGUAAUGCAUUGAUCCAGAGAGGAGCAUGUGCUGGCAGUGAAGAUGCUGUCAAGGCCAGACUCAAUGCGCUAGAUGAACAAUGGCAGUUCCUGGUCAACAAAUCAGCAGAGAAGAGCCAGAAACUGAAGGAGGCCAAUAAGCAACAGAACUUCAACACUGGCAUCAAAGACUUUGACUUCUGGCUUUCUGAAGUUGAGGCUCUACUUGCUUCUGAGGAUUAUGGCAAAGAUUUGGCCUCUGUCAACAACCUUCUCAAGAAACACCAGUUACUUGAAGCUGACAUUUCUGCUCAUGAGGAUCGUCUCAAGGACUUGAAUGGGCAGGCUGACGGCUUGAUGGCCAGCAAUGCAUUUGACACCUCACAGGUGAAAGACAAGCGCGACGCUGUCAACGGUCGCUUUUCCAAGAUCAAGAACAUGGCUGCUGGUCGUCGCGCCAAACUCAACGAGUCUCAUCGCCUGCAUCAGUUCUUUAGGGACUUGGAUGAUGAAGAGUCUUGGAUCAAAGAGAAGAAGUUGCUUGUAAGUUCGGAGGACUAUGGACGUGAUUUGACUGGAGUGCAGAAUUUGAGGAAGAAACACAAAAGGCUGGAGGCUGAGCUUGGAGCUCACGAGCCAGCCAUUCAGUCGGUGCUGGAUACGGGGAAAAAGCUGUCUGAUGACAAUACAAUAGGCCAGGAAGAGAUCCAGCAGAGGCUUGCCCAGUUUGUUGAUCACUGGAAGGAACUCAAAGACUUAUCUGGUGCAAGGGGCAAGAGGCUGGAGGAAUCACUGGAGUACCAGCAAUUUGUUGCCAAUGUGGAAGAGGAGGAGGCUUGGAUUAAUGAAAAGUUGAACCUUCUGGGAAGUGAGGAUUAUGGUGAUACACUGGCAGCGGUGCAGGGCUUACUAAAGAAGCAUGAAGCCUUUGAGACUGAUUUCACAGUACACAGGGACAGAGUCAAUGAUGUGUGCGUAAAUGGAGAGGAGCUCAUCAAAAAGAACAACCACCAUGUUGACAACAUUAGUGCAAAGAUUUCUGCUCUGCGAGGCAAAGUGUCAGAGCUGGAGAGGGCAGCGGCUCAGAGGAAAGCAAAGUUGGAUGAAAACUCUGCUUUCUUACAAUUCAACUGGAAAGCGGACGUUGUGGAGUCCUGGAUUGGUGAGAAGGAGAACAGCCUGAAGACUGACGACUAUGGUAGAGACCUGUCCUCUGUGCAGACUCUGCUUACUAAACAGGAGACAUUUGAUGCUGGCCUCCAGGCUUUCCAACAGGAAGGCAUCACAAACAUCACAGCUCUCAAAGACCAGCUGCUGGCGGCCAAGCAUGUCCAGUCAAAGGCUAUUGAGGCCCGUCAUGCGGCUCUGAUGAAGCGGUGGAACCAGCUACUGUCCAACUCUGCUGCUCGCAAGAAGAAACUGUUAGAGGCUCAGGAGCACUUCCGAAAGGUUGAGGAUCUCUUCCUGACUUUUGCUAAGAAGGCAUCGGCCUUCAACAGCUGGUUUGAGAAUGCAGAGGAAGACCUGACAGACCCAGUUAGAUGCAACUCUCUGGAGGAGAUCCGUGCUUUGCGUGAAGCUCAUGAGGCCUUCCGCUCGUCCCUCAGCUCUGCUCAGGCAGACUUUAACCAGCUGGCGGAGCUGGACCAGCAGAUCAAGAGUUAUCAAGUGAUGUCAAACCCCUACACCUGGUUUACCAUGGAAGCUUUAGAAGAAACUUGGAGAAACUUGCAAAAGAUUAUCAAGGAGCGAGAGUUGGAGCUGCAGAAAGAACAAAGAAGGCAGGAGGAAAAUGACAAGUUGAGACAGGAGUUUGCUCAGCAUGCUAAUGCUUUCCAUCAGUGGCUCCAGGAGACCAGAUCUUGCAUGGUGGAGGAGUCUGGUACCUUGGAGUCCCAGUUAGAAGCCACCAAGCGUAAACACCAGGAGAUCCGAGCCAUGCGGAGCCAACUGAAGAAAAUCGAAGACUUGGGUGCAGCAAUGGAAGAAGCCCUGAUAUUGGACAACAAAUACACAGAGCACAGCACAGUGGGUCUGGCACAGCAGUGGGACCAACUAGACCAACUAGGAAUGAGGAUGCAACACAACCUGGAGCAGCAGAUUCAAGCCAGGAACACAACAGGUGUGACGGAGGAGGCUUUGAAGGAGUUCAGCAUGAUGUUCAAACACUUUGACAAGGAAAAGUCGGGAAGGCUAAACCACCAGGAGUUCAAGUCCUGUUUGAGAUCACUGGGCUAUGAUCUGCCAAUGGUGGAAGAAGGAGAGCCAGAUCCUGAGUUUGAGGCCAUUCUUGACACUGUAGAUCCCAACAGGGAUGGAAACGUGUCUUUACAAGAAUACAUGGCCUUUAUGAUAAGCCGUGAGACAGAAAACGUCAAAUCCAGUGAGGAGAUUGAGAGCGCCUUCAGAGCACUCAGCACAGAGAACAAACCCUACGUCACAAAAGAGGAGCUCUAUCAGAAUUUAACCAAGGAGCAGGCAGACUACUGCCUGUCACACAUGAAACCCUACUUAGACAGCAAGGGUCGUGAGAUGCCCUCAGCGUUCGACUUUGUUGAAUUUACUCGCUCGCUUUUUGUUAACUGAUCCAUAGCUCCCCAGUGAUCAAUCAAGAUGCGUUUGCCUCACACACAGACACAAAGCUGAAACUGCAUGAAUGUGGCACUAGAAAUACUCAGUGAUAACUAUUUAUCUGACUUUGUCCUAACUCUAUGUGCUUCUAAUAAUAUAGUAACUGUCUGUAUCUGAACGUGAAUGUUUAGCCAUUUUAGCUUUUGCUUUCACUCAAUAGUUACAAUGAAGUUAUGUAAACACCUUGACAACUGCAGUGUGCUUUUAUUAAACGCCUCUGGUUAGAACUGGAAA